AUGGCACCUCCUGCGAUACCUGGCAUGCGCUUCGGAGAACCAGUCCCAAACGAUUUCGGCGCCUGCAUGCAAUCUCAGCCCACCGACACUCGCCAACCGGGAGCUCCGCGACGCUCAGACCCCUUCCCCUUCACCUUCGCGCGUCCCGCCGGUCGCGCGUCUCGUCAGUCGAUGCCGUUCGGGAGGAGUGGAGGGUGGAUGAGCGAAGAGAGUGAGGAGAGUGAGGAUUGGACUGAUGAGGAGUUUGGAGCAGGUGGGGCGGAGGGGAUGGAGGGUGUUGAGGGCGUUGGAGGGAACGAACGGGCCGCGCCGUCUGCCGCGACGCAAGCCGGCAAGGCCCUUCGCGACUUCAAGCGAAUGCCAAUGGCGAACGAGCCAACGGACGACCUCGUCGCUUUCAAGGCGACCUACGCCAGCAGCCUCGACAAGUCGAAGCAGAUUCUCGUUUUGAUGGGCGAAAAGAACAGGGAUGCCCUUGCUGCUCAACUAAUCGACUAUGAAGCACGCAAGCGCAAGACGGUCGACAUCCUCGAGGAACAGAAGCGCAAGCUCGUCGGCGACAUCGCUGCCGCUGACUACAAGAAAGGGGCCGAGUUGAUCGACCGCCUUGCCUCGCUCGCCUCUCAGGCCGUCCAGAACCGCCACCAAGCCAAGCGCGACCUCGAGCAGAUCCGUACAAACACCUCCGCCCGCCUUGAGUCGCUCAAGAAGCAGUACGAGGCCAGGACGAAGGACUUUGCGAGUGCCAUGGGAGAGCUGAGCGCUAAGACGGCGCAGGGGCUAGGCGCGAAGGGCGCGAAGGGAAAGGGAAGGGGGAGGAAGUAG